AGUUUGGAAUGAGGAAGAAGUUGCAUGUUACCCUCCAAUUAAAUACAAAGAAUGGACUCUUUUUCCUUGGCCACACUGGAAAGAGGACACUGACAAAUAUUUUGAACAACUCAAAAACUUUAAGUCUCGAGAGGAUGAUAUCCUGCUCUGUACGGUUCAGAAAGGAGGUUCACAUUGGGUUCAUGAAAUUGUUUGCAUGCUGGUUGACCAAACGACGAAAUAUAACAGCAGAGGAAGUUCAUUGGACGAUGUUCAUUUAGAUACUAUGACUGAUUUUGAUUCUUUGGAGAAGGAGACGAAAAGACGAAUUAUACACACACAUUUACCAUUUCAAUGUAUUCCAUCACAGCACAUGGAGAAAAAAGGGAAAACUAUUUUUGUCAACAGAAACCCAAAAGAUCGACAUGUUUCGCAAUACGUAUUUUUUAAGAAAAUGCUCGGCACGCCACCUGACUAUUCUUGGGAUCAGUAUUUCCAGGAGAUGGUUAUCAAUGACACAUUUAUGAGCGGCUGGUUUAACUACACAAGAGAAAUGGUAUCUGCUGUAGAGAAGUACAGUAAUGUUAUACAUGUGCUCUUUGAUGACUUGAAACUGAAUCAAAUUGCCGAAAUAAAACGAAUUGCAGAAUUUUUAGAAGUUCCAUAUACUAACAAAUUAAUCGGUGAAAUAGCCGAUAAAUGUGAAUUUGAUAAACUAAAGACCAAUAAGUUAGAUGGUACAGCGGAGUAUGCCAAAGAUAAUAAGUCAACACUAUUUAGGAAAGGGAUCAUUGGUGAUUGGAAAAACUGGUUUACAGUAGCGCAAAAUGAACAGUUUGAUGAAAUGUACAAGCACGAAAUGAAAGACGUCAGCAUAUCAUUUAUAUAUGAAGAUCCCUCAGGAAAAAAAAAUUAAAAAAUGAGUGAUAGUUCUGUUGUAAAAUAAGCUAAUUCAUACGUG